GAAGGUUUUUGGUUUUGUUUUGUUUUUGUGGAACCUAACAGUGAAGGUAGUUCUUGCAACCUGUUGGUCAGGUAAAUCGACCGACAGUCUUCAUUCUGACAUGAUGAAGACAACGAAGGAACUUUCCUAUGCUUCAUGUGGGCUUUGGAGUUAAGUAAAAGCACACGCUUGAGCUUCUUACGGCUCAAGUGCCUCAUGGAUUGUGAUUAGGGGAGGAAUGUAGAUCAGUCUGUGAAAAAUAUUUGGGUUCCUGGCUGAACCAGUGCUGGAGGCUUGAGGCAAGGAGGAUAAUACGGGUGCAGAAGAGAGAGAGAGGUGUGUGUGACGCCCGGAAGGGGAGGCUCCCCUGAGGAAAUAUUGACAGCCCUCCUGUCUCCUAGCUGCCUAGAGAUUGUCACCUGUGGACGCUGAAAGCUGGAACCCUAGGACUGACCAUACUCCCUGACCUUUGCUACCAUAGCUUGUUCGACCUAGCUGUGCUGACUGAAAAACUAGCCAUAAGGACUGAGGUCAGCCAGCAUGGAAGAAGAGCAGAGGUUCCUAGGGGCUGCCAGGGGCUUGGUGCUGAUUGGCCCUGCCCUCCAUUCUCCUAGGCAGGGUGCCAGGAAGCUGGAACUUUGUUAUCUGGGUAAUUAGCUUCAGACCCUGGACUGAGGCCGGCCUGGUCUUAGGGCUACUUCCCCCAGGCUGUGCACCCUGACCCCAAGAGGGAGGCGAGGCGCUUUGUACAGAGGCCCUGCCAGCUGAACAGUUGAGGUGUCAGUCCUGCCUGGGGAACGGCUGCAGGCACACACCCCCCCCAUACACCUUCCACUCCACCCCAUGCCACACUGUCCUCCCUGCCCAGGCUCUGCCCCUUAGGGCAACUGGGCCUGGUCACAGUGUGGGGCCUCCCAUCUCAGCCUUGCCAGGAACAGAGAGCACCAAGUCUUAGGAAGGGGAUGCCCCCAAGGGUGCCAGUCCAGCCAGCUGCCCCACCCUUCAGGCUUGGCCUGCCCCCCCGAACCCAAAUCGUGGUGCCCCAGACAGCCCUGUGGGCUAACAUCCAUCACCAUGGCCGAGCACCUGGAGCUGCUGGCAGAGAUGCCCAUGGUAGGCAGGAUGAGCACCCAGGAGCGGCUGAAGCAUGCCCAGAAGCGACGUGCCCAGCAGGUAAAGAUGUGGGCCCAGGCUGAGAAGGAGGCCCAGAGCAAGAAGGGCCAUGGGGAGCGACCAUGGAAGGAGGUGGCUGGCCUCAGGCCUCGGAAGCAUGUCCUCUUCCCUCCCAGCGUUGCUCUUUUGGAGUCUGCUGCCCGAAACGACCUGGAGGAAGUCCGCCAGUUCCUUAGUAGUGGGGUCAGCCCCAACCUGGCCAAUGAGGAUGGCCUGACUGCCCUACACCAGUGCUGCAUUGAUGACUUCCAAGAGAUGGCACAGCAGCUCCUGGAGGCCGGGGCUGAUGUCAACGCUCGCGACAGUGAGUGCUGGACACCCCUGCAUGCUGCAGCUACCUGUGGGCAUCUGCAUCUGGUGGAACUCCUCAUUUCACGUGGUGCAGAUCUCCUGGCUGUCAAUACCGAUGGGAACAUGCCCUACGACCUGUGUGAGGAUGAACAGACACUGGAUUGCCUUGAGACUGCCAUGGCCAAUCAUGGUAUCACCCAGGACAGCAUUGAGGAGGCCCGGGCAGUGCCAGAGCUGUGCAUGCUGAAUGACCUCCAGAACCUGCUGCAUGCUGGGGCCAACCUCAAUGACCCUUUGGACCAUGGGGCCACUCUGCUGCACAUCGCUGCUGCUAAUGGGUUCAGUGAGGUGGCUACCGUGCUACUGGAGCAAGGAGCCAGCCUGAGCGCUAAGGACCAUGAUGGCUGGGAGCCUCUGCAUGCUGCAGCCUACUGGGGCCAGGUGCACCUGGUAGAAUUGCUUGUGGCACAUGGGGCUGAUCUGAAUGGAAAAUCUCUGGUGGACGAGACGCCCCUCGAUGUGUGUGGUGAUGAGGAAGUAAGAGCCAAACUGCUAGAGCUCAAGCACAAACAGGAUGCACUCCUGCGGGCUCAGGGCCGCCAGCGCUCCCUGCUGCGCCGUCGCACCUCUAGCGCAGGCAGCCGUGGGAAGGUGGUGAGACGGGUGAGCCUGACACAUCGCACCAACCUAUAUCGCAAGGAGCAUGCCCAAGAGGCCAUUGUGUGGCAACAGCCAGCACCUACCAGUCCAGAACCUCUAGAGGAUGAGGACAGGCAGACAGAUGCUGAGCUCCGGCUGCGGCCCCCAGAGGAAGACAGCCUUGAAGUGGCCAGACCACACAAUGGCCAAGUAGGGGUCCCCCCAGGGAGGCACCUGUACUCCAAGCGUCUAGAUCGGAGUGUCUCCUAUCAGCUGAGUCCUGCAGAGAGCAAUGCCCCUGAUGCCCUCGUCCGGGACAAGGCCCACCAUACACUGGCAGAACUUAAACGCCAGCGAGCAGCUGCGAAACUUCAGCGACCUGCCCCUGAAGGGCCUGAGACCUUUGAGCCUGGCCUGUCUGUUGACACUGAGACCUCUCAGCCUGACUGUGGCUUCAGCCCAACUGGGGACCCUCCCCUGCUCAAGCUCACUGCCCCCUCAGAGGAGGCUCCUGUGGAGAAGAAGCCAUGCUGUUUGCUCAUGUGAAAUGUGAUUCCUCAGUGUGGCACGGUUCAACCCCAUGCCCAACCAGAGGCUUCCUCAUGCUCUCUGGCCUGCUGGCCCACUCCAGCACAUACCCCAGUGCUGUAGGCGAGCCAGCACAGAGCCCCGGACCCCCUCCCAGCCCAGGACACUGGCCACCUUGCUCAGGGAUGGACUAUGCAGCACUGUACCUAUGGGCCUCAGGCCACAGACUGCUUAUUCUGGUGACUCUUGAUAAAGGCUGUUUGCCACUGA